AUGCAGUCAGCAGAUGGUUUCGGGUCGGAUGAUCCAAGUCGUUCAACGAAAUCAUUGACAUUUUCGCCACAGGAUAAUAAUGGCGAUACUGAUCAAAAUACGAACGAGAAUCGAAAACAUAGUGUAUUGGACGAAAAAGCAUUACGAGUAGAUGAUACACUGUUCAUACGCGAUCAACGUGUGUUGAAAAUCAGUCAAAGUUAUCAAAGUAUACUGGAUAGUAUUGGUGAAGAUCCAUUAAGACAAGGACUGCUCAAAACGCCAAAUCGUGCUGCAGAAGCAUUGGUGUUUUUUACCAAAGGUUAUGAACAAUCCAUCCGCGAUGUGGUUAGUGAUGCUAUCUUUGAUGAAGAUUGCGAAAAUAUGGUUGUGGUCAAAGAAAUCGAUAUGUAUUCACUAUGUGAACAUCAUAUGGUGCCAUUCUUCGGAAAAGUAUCUGUCGGGUAUUUACCUAAUAAACGAGUAUUAGGUUUAAGUAAAAUAGCAAGAAUCGUCGAAGUCUUCAGUCGCCGUUUACAAGUGCAAGAACGUUUAACGCGACAAAUUGCGGAAGCGAUUGCCGAAGCUAUUAAACCUAGAGGUGUAGCUGUUAUUGUCGAAUGUCUUCAUAUGUGUAUGAUAAUGCGUGGUGCUCAAAAGGUCAACUCUCGCACGACGACAUCGUCGAUGCUCGGUGUAUUUCGUGAAGAUCCGAAGUCGCGUGAAGAAUUCUUGGCUCUUGCCCGAAUCACUCCAUUCUAA